ACGAAGAGCCAAAGACCCGACCGGAGCGCAUCAAGAUGAGCCCGUCGGUUCCCUUAUUAAACUACGCGGAAGCUUUGAACUGGUUUACCGCCGUACAGUGACGUCCCUCUGUCGCGCGGAUGUUUCUUUUUGUUUAAGUCGUAGUUAGGUCAGUCGGUUGUGUGUCACGUUAACGCUGCUGUUUGUAAACUUUUUUCCCCCCCCCUGGACGUUUGCGAACUAUAUAAAACUAACUUUUACGUACGUUUAAAGUACGCCAUGAUACCCGAAUGCCCGCGCGCCGGGGGCUCGAGGAGCGGGACCCGCUUCCAGCGCAGCCCGGCAGCAGAACCGAGCCGUGGCGGCCGCGGCGUCAGCGGCUUGUUGUCCGAGAUCCGAACCCCCAUCAGCACCGACCUGUUCACCGACCACUACACCAUCAUCCCCGGCAAAGAGCUCGGAAGGGGGAAGUUUGCCGUGGUCAGGAAGUGUGUGGAGAAAUGCACGGGCCACGAGUACGCCGCAAAGUUCAUGAGGAAGAGACGGAAAGGCCAGGACUGCCGGAUGGAGAUCAUCCACGAGAUCUCAGUGCUGGAGCUGGCCACAUCCAGCCCCCGGGUGGUCAACCUCCACCAGGUCUAUGAGAUGGCUUCUGAGAUGGUGCUGGUCCUGGAGUUUGCGGCUGGAGGUGAGAUCUUCAACCAGUGCGUGUCAGAUGAGGAAGACGAGGCCUUCAGCGAGGAGGACGUGAAGAGGCUCAUGAGGCAGAUCCUGGAGGGAGUGUCCUUCCUCCACCAGAACAAUGUAGUCCACCUGGACCUGAAGCCUCAGAACAUCCUGCUGACCUGCAGCUCUCCUCUGGGGGACAUCAAGAUCGUGGACUUUGGUCUGUCCAGGAUGGUCAGCAGCCACCAGGAGCUCAGGGAGAUCAUGGGGACUCCAGAGUACGUCGCUCCUGAGAUUCUAAAUUAUGAGCCCAUAAGCACAGCAACUGAUAUGUGGAGUGCUGGUGUCCUGGCCUACGUGAUGCUGACGGGAAUCUCUCCGUUCCUGGGCGAGAACAAGCAGGAGACCUUUCUGAACAUCUCCCAGCUCAACGUGAGCUACAGCGAGGAGGAGCUGCAGCAGCCGGACCGCUCCGCCCUGUCCUUCAUCCAGACGCUGCUCCGCAAGCAUCCACAGGACCGGGCCACAGCUGAGCAGUGUCUCCAACACCCAUGGCUUCAGUUCUUAGAGCCUCAGGAAUCCCAGACAGCGGAGGAGAUCCUCCCAGUGGAGGACCAGGAGGCGUCCAGCUCCCCCAUUAGCUCCACCAGUAGCCCUGAACCUCCCACAACCACAGCUAAGGAGGAGGAGGAGGGGGGCCUGGUGACGGAGGAGCUGGUAGUGGUGGCCGCCUACACGCUGGGUCAGUGCCGCCAGUCCUCCUCAGAGAAGGAGGCCCUGGCUGCCGAGCAGAAGGACAUCUCCAAACGCUUCAAGUUCGAGGAGCCUUUCAGUGCGCUGCAGGAGGUCCCCGGAGAGUUCAUCUACUGAUGAAACGUUAGUGUUGUCACGGUAACGCAAAGAAACCCUCUGAUUAUACAAAUUCCCCUCAUAUAUUAUAUGUGUAUAAUCACAUCCUUAUUUAAGAAGUUGGAUUUCAAGUGCUUUUUUUAUACCGACCCUCUCACAUUUUUCUCCCAUAAUGCAACACUUUUCUUGACAUCCUCCCACUCCACCUUCUGAAACAGCUGCAGUAUAUUUAUGUCUCUUGUGUUUGAUUUGGUUUGCCGUUGAAUUUAUUUUUCUCUCUCUCAACAUCUGGCCAAAUCUGAGCAGCGUGACAAUUAGAUAUUUCCAGAAGCUUCAGUUUGUUAUAACGAACUUCAACAUUUUAGACCAACUCUCAACAAACAAAGAGGGAGACGUCCACGUAGGAAAGGCAGAGAGGAACAGGCUGAAUCUAAAUGUCCACCUUCUGGACCAGGCCUUUAAAUCUGUUAGGGUGCAUCAGAGACUUUAGAUCCAGCAUGAGUCCAUGAUGUGACCUCUCCAAGUCUCUUAAUGAUCAGAAGUCACACAUUGUGUUCAAUGUAAAGCCUCAAA